UUUCCAAGAUUUCAUGAAGUUGUAAUCGCAACUUUAUCAUGCUUGUUACUUAUGUUUAUUGCCGGUUAUUAAUGAGUAACUCAGGGAACUAAAGGGGAGGGCGUGGAGGCCUUCUUAUAGAGAAAUGAAAUGACGCUUGCCAGCAGACUCUUGCCACAGAUGCUCCUCGUGAGUGGAUAUUGAGUUUUUUUGAACUUCAGAUAUCAAGGAUAUGACUUGUGCAGAUGACCCCCUUGUCUGACAUCGAAAGCGUUUCCGUCUGCUGUCAUGAACUCCUUCAGGAGCCUGUCUUCUUUAGCUCUAAUCUCUCUGUGUUUACAGAUUCUGGGUUCAACUGCCUCUGCCAGUACCAGCAUGUGGGGUAAGAAGCUGGUAUUCAAGGGUCCUAGGUGUACCUGGCAGCUUCAGCCAGAUGUUGUGCUACCGGCCCUGAAGGAGCUGACUGUGUGCAUACUUUUACGCCGCACCCAUGACUCACAGUGGACAGGUUUUGACUACAGAGCACCGGGAGGAGGACAUAUGGCUCUUGGGGGCAGAAGUGCACAACUUGAAGUUUGGCUAUUUGGAUUAAAACACAGCUUGAAAGGGGGUUUGACACUGAAUACAUGGUACUCUGUCUGCGUCACAUGGUCCAGCCAUGCUCAAAGGUUGAGGAUGUACAUAAAUGGAGGCAGUGAGUAUGAGGCCUCUGUGAACCCCCUCCCAUACCAGCAACUGGCUCCAAAUGGCACUCUGACUCUGGGGAAGUCUCAUCAUAUAAACAUAAAUGGUGAAGUGCAGCCAGAGACUGGGAAGGAUCUGCUAGGUGAGAUUGGUGGGUUCAGGAUGUGGGACAGAGAGUGGAGUGCUGAUGAGCUGGGGGGACAGAGUUGUGCAGAUGGAGACGUGGUGAGGUGGGACCUUCAACAGUGGAAAUCCAACUGCCUUCCUGAGCCUGACAACGGCCUACAGUGUGAAUGGUCAAGCUACAAAAUCAAAAUGUGGACAUCCAUGGUUCCCUCAACGGAGCCUGAGAACUGUUCAAGCUCACUGGAGGAAGUCACACGAAACUGGUUGCAGAGCAUCUUCCCUGGCAACAUCUAUGUGCAGAAAGUCAUUGUGUCAUCCCCAAGCCAGACCUGCCGUGUGGUUAAUGAUUCUGCUGCUCUGUCUGCGCAACAACCUCAGGAAUCAAGAGCAUUGUCAAACUCCACCUGUGACAAGUGUUUCAGAUGUGAAGUCAAUGCAAACGUGGUCCCUGCUGCUGAAGUUGCAGUGGUUCAGGCGAGCAUUCUCUCGUUGUUGAAUUCGACCUUCUCUAACGACUUCCUCAACCUGACCGCUUACCCUAACAGCAUCAGUAUUCUGCCUAUGGAGGAACCAGCAGUGUCAGAACCACUGCAGCCUAUCAGCACUGAGGCACCUGCAUCAGUUCCAACUCAAAGUCUGCCAGCUCGACCCACUAACAUGUCGACGACAGGAGAACCUCAAGAUCUCAACGAGACUGUCGUCGGACCAGACACAUUCUUCAGAGUUAAUCUAACCUUGAGUAUGACUGGCAGCCCGACAAAACCAGAGGAAGUAAUAGAGAAAUGGUUCAAAGAACAGCUGGAGGUGAAUGACACCAUCAUUGUGCUGAAUGUCAUCAUAAAGGAGAUUGUAGGCAGGAACAUGGUGAAUGGACUGAUGAUUUUCAACGGCCAACAAAAACAAUAUAACUGCAUCUUUAAUGUCCAGGAAUACAACAUAAACACUGUGGCAGAAAUUACAACUUUUAUUCAUGCUGCCUUGACAGCAAAGUUUGUAAAUAACUCCAUUACUAUUCAAACUACGGAAGUGAUUAUCAAGCAUAUAAUGCCAGCGAACUGUUUGGAAGAAAAUACUUCAACGAUAUAUGGAGAAUAUAUUUGGCCUGAAUCAUUUCCACAAGUCCAUCAAGAAAUGGGAUGCAAAAAGCCAAAAUCACAAAGAGCCUUCAGGCUUUGUAAGUUAAAUGUUGAAACUGACAUGACAAGAUGGGUUGAUCCUGAUAUGAAAAAUUGCAAGCCACUUGUGACCAUAUCAGACCUCAACAAUAUCACUGUCACUACUGGUAACGCGGCUGGGGUUGUGGACAUGAUUAAGGACCUGAUAGAUGUUCAGUUGGAUGACAGUGAAAAUGAGCUCUCUUCCUCUGAGCUGGGUUCUGUGGUGGAUAAGCUUCGUGAGGUGGUUCACAUCAGCAGCACCACACCUGCUGUUGGUGCAAACAUCGUCAAUAUUGUAGCAAAUAUCCUGCACUCUAAAACUGACCUCACGUCUGUAGCUAGCAUUGUCCUUAAUCUGACAGACAGAAUGGGGAACAAUAUGGAUUUCGAAGAUGAAUCAGUCAGUAUAACAGCCCCCUUGCUGGCCAUGUCCCUCAUCAAUGUACAUUGUAAUGCAUUCAGUGGCCUCACGUUUGGUGUUUCCUCUGUUGCUCCAACCUUACAUCCAAAGAUUUUUCUCAACCAAAACUUUGAGAGUGAUCCGCUCCCUGACACAGAUGCAACUAUCUCUCUGCCCUCGGAUCUCUACAACUAUUUCCCUCCUGGAGAUACAAAUAUGACUCGUGUCCAGUUUCAAUUCUUUGCAACAAAUGGGCUCUUUCAGGACUCAUUCAUAAACAAUGCAACUCAGACCAGCUGGAAAUUGAAUUCAUAUAUAGUGUCUGCCAGUAUCAAUAACAGCGUUGUCAGAAACCUAACGGACCGAGUGGUGGUGACCCUCAGCCAUCACACAGCCAUAAAGGCAGGGGACAAGGUGCAGUGUAUGUUUUGGGAUUUCCAGAAAAAUCGUGGACAUGGUGGUUGGAACAGCAGAGGAUGUAAAACCCGCAGUAUUUCUGAUUAUCAGACCAGCUGUCUCUGUGAUCACCUUACACAUUUCGCUGUGCUCUUGGAUGUAUCGCGAACAUCUAUAGGUGAAGCUGACAGUCAGAUUCUGACAGUGAUCUCAUAUCUUGGUUGUGGUAUAUCUGCCAUAUUUCUGGGAAUCACUCUUCUCACCUACCUUGCUUUUGAGAAGCUGCGGAGAGACUACCCAUCUAAGAUACUCAUCAACCUGUCGGCUGCCCUGCUGGGGUUGUGCAUGCUCUUCCUCCUAAACUCCUGGAUCUCAUCCUUUUCUAACUACGGCUUGUGCAUUGCGACUGCUGCAACGUUGCACUACUUCCUGCUAGCUUCUUUCACCUGGAUGGGCCUGGAGGCUGUGCAUAUGUACCUUGCACUGGUCAAGGUUUUCAACAUUUACGUUCCCUCCUACAUCCUCAAGUUCUGUGCUGCAGGAUGGGGUAUUCCACUGGUUAUAGUCAGCCUGGUUCUGGCUAUAGAUAAAGAUGCUUACGGCAGCACUGUGCCUGAAGAAACUGCAGGGAUGUUUAAAUCCACCGACCAAUUCUGCUGGCUGCAGAAUGACGUCUACUUCUUCGUGACGGUGGUGUCAUUUGUCCUUCUGAUCCUGUUGUGCAACGUCUCUGUGUUCGUCGUGGUUUUGAUCCAGAUUAGACACAUGAGGAACAAUAAACAGUCAACAAGCAGCCCCAAUUCUCUGCAGGACUUGAGGGCGGUAGCCAGUCUCACCGUCCUGCUGGGCCUGACGUGGUCAAUGGGCUUUUUUUCCUUUGGGCCAGGCAGAGUGGCCAUGAUGUACCUGUUCUCCAUCUUCAACACCUUGCAGGGGUUCUUUGUCUUUUUGUUCCACUGUUUGAUGAAGGAAAAUGUAAGAAAACAGUGGAAAAUACAUCUCUGCUGUGGUCGUUUCAGGCUCAGUGAUUACUCAGACUGGAGCCGCUCUGUGACAGUGGGCGGCAAAAAGAACCAUCUCGUUAACUCUGACUCAGUCGCCUCUAACGAAACCUUCGCCAUCAGGAAGAUUUCUGACUCCUCCACAGGAUCUGCACCAAACCACCACCAGGGGGCGUGAGCCAGGCUCUGGGUGUGCCAUUGUGUACAGCUUUACCUUUCAAGUCCAUUGUGCAAUCACAAACACUGAUAGCAGAACAUAGAGCAGCUGCAUGGUUCCAAUAUAGGAAGGGGAAUAUCAAAUAAACCACAAGUUCAAUGAGGUACAAUGUGUGUGUGGACACUCCUGUGUCUUUAUCAUAGCCAGGAAAAUAAUCAUUAUACUGCACUGACUGUCAGCAUUGUGCUCUGAAAAGUGCAUCUUAAAAAAGCUUCAAUCUACAACUCACAUUUAAAGUUUAUAUUACUGCUUCUAUCGUAGAGCUGAAGGACUGAUGCUUGAUUUUGUGUUUGUAAAAACUGAAUAGUUAAGUCAUGAGUGAUGUCUAUGUUGCACAGGAAGCAGUUUUAAAUGUGAUAGAAGUCUAAUAUAUCAAGCAGUAUCUGUAACCUAGAACUGUGUUCUAGUACAGUUUGUGAGAAAUUGAAGUUAAUUCUAUACUUUUAUGUGUAAUUUGUAAGACAUAACACCAUCUCUGUACAUGUCUAAGUUUUCAGUGUACUUCUUCAGACCUUUAAAAGGUUAGUGUUCAUGAUGGUAAGGUAUAUUUAAUGUCAAUGCUAGCAAAAUACAAAUGUAAGCUUUAUGAGCAUCUAAAAGUAGCUUUCUUUCCUGUGUGAAGAUUUGACUGUUAAAUAAAGUAACUGACUGCGAACAUAGUGAAUUAAAAAUUAAAUCAUUA